AUGACCUCCAACAUGUUUCCACACCUUGUACUGCUCAUGAGAGUCACCCGACAGUGGAGGCAGUUGAAGGCCAUGAAAUGGCAUGGAUUUGGCCAUCAUUCUGACAACCUGAAUGCAGGUGAUCUCGCAUUAUUUUGCCCCGCUUGUCCUCAGCCAGGGGAUCAAUCUCCAAGGUGGAAAUACACCCGGUCAUUUGUUAUGGACGGAAAUUUCAAAGCCGAACACCUGCAUCCCAUGAAGCCAUUUGAUGAAGUUUGGCUGUCAGAUGGGUUGGGAUUCAUGGCUGCUGACACUUUAGAAAAAUCGAGCUGCAGCAAUCACCGGGCAGUAAAUCAAGCAAAUGCGGCUCGGCACAAGCUGGAAUCGACAGGCAUCGGGGGAGUAGCCUGUGCUCGACACGGUUGCUUUGUUCCUCACUCGAUGGUAGAUUUUCAGAAAUGCAAAAGGCAAGCCCACCCUGCCAUUCGACAUUCAUGA